AUGGCUUCUUGUACAGGCCGCAGCUAUGCGGAUGCCCUGGCGCUUCUCGAAAAUCUCCAAUCGAACCGCUCUGUUGUGACUUCCAUUUCUACCUCGCCAUUCGAUAUGAAUCAAGCCGCGAUACCAGAAAUGUUGGAUUGGACACGCAAGGCGGGAUACGAAGUCGGAGAUUUCGCGAAGCAUGGUCUGAGGUGCAUACACAUAGCUGGAACGAAGGGGAAAGGAAGCGUGUGCGCCAUGGUUGAGAAACUGCUUCUGCAGUAUCGUGGGGAGGAUACUUGCGGCGGGCUGGCAGUCGGCGCGCGGAAAUCCCUGGGCAAGAUUGGGAUGUACACCUCCCCACACCUCAUAACUGUCCGAGAACGUAUACACAUUGAUGGGUCUCCGAUCUCUGAAAGUCUCUUCGCGCGUUAUUUCUUUGAGCUCUGGGAUCGUUUCUCCAAUAGCGUCCCGGACUCCGACCCAAUGUCGUUAGAUACGAAGCCGAGCUAUUUCCGCUACCUGACGAUACUUGCUCUGCACGCGUUCCUGCAAGAAGGUGUAGAGACCGCAAUUAUGGAGUGUGGAAUUGGAGGCGAAUAUGAUAGCACUAAUAUCCUCCCCCCGGAAGCUGUUACCGUGUGUGCCAUUGCGCGCCUAGGAAUUGACCAUAUUGGGAUGCUAGGGGAGACAAUCGAGGAAAUAGCUUGGCAUAAAGCUGGAAUUAUAAAGACAGGCACGCCCGUUUUUACAAUUGAGCAGGUCCCAGCCGCUCAUGCCGUUCUAAAGAAACGGGCCGCUGAGAAAGGCGUCGAAUUACAGGUUGUCAAGCAGCCCAAGGCGGUAGAUAAUAGUAGGCUAGGGAUAGACCUCUCUAUGGAAGGGGAUUUCCAGCAGACAAACGCUGCAUUGAGUACUGCUGUCGCAGCAUCCCAUUUGAUGACUAUGGGAAUUACAGAGGGGAUUCCCAAUCCUCAGGCUUUACCAAUUCCCCCAGAGAACCUACCAGAGCAGUUCAAGUAUGGUUUGAAGACGGCCAAAUUGCCAGGAAGAUGCGAAGUUCGCAGAGAUGGCAACAUUGAAUGGCUCAUCGACGGUGCUCACACAGUGGACAGCAUAGAAGCCGUUGCUCAAUGGUUUACCAGCAAAGUCGACGAAGCAUGGAAGGAGGAGAAACCCCCUACGGCCACAAUGCUCAUCUUCAACCAGCAAGACCGCGAUGCGGAGACGCUGCUCCGGACCCUCAUCACUUCAAUCGCACGAGCUGCAUCGUCGAAGAAUGGACCUCGAUCCCACCGUUCUUUUCCAACGGCCGAGGAUGGCGCCCAAUCUGCUUCGAAGAUUUUUACCUACGCCGCAUUUUGUUUGAACACGCCUUUUAAGGAUGACGUAGGGAAGGACGUCGAUCUGAGUCUCCAGGAACGUCUAGCAGAGGUUUAUAGAAUGCAGGGCGGCAACUCCUCGCAUAUGUGCUAUGGGAACGUGGAGGAAGCCGUGGAGUUUGCGCGGAAGGUGUCAGUGGGGGAGGAGAGGGUAUUGGUUCUCGUCACCGGGAGUCUCGUGGCGACAACCCUGGAUCGCCUCGCGCGUUGCGAGCGACAGAGCUGGACAGAGCUGAACCACUCCGACGACCUUCACAGCAGAUCCCGUCUGCAUCCAGUGCCACUGUCCCAGGUUCCUACGUGCCUGAGCCGCCCACCGGCCAUACAAAACGGCGCCCCCGACGGCCCUGGACCACCGCCAUGCCCUGCUGAUCGCCAAGUACCGAUUCCCAUACAGCAGCUAAUCAUGUAUGCACCUCCUUAUGGCUUUGGCCCGACACCAAGCCAUGCUUCACCCUUCAAUCCCAAUGUUGGCAUGCCUCCCCAGCCUGGCCCCCAUAGCACCCCGCACCAGCAGCCGCUGCAACAGCAACAGCAACAGCAGCAUCAGCAACAGCAUCAGCAUCCACAGCAACAGCAUCAGCAACAGCAACAGCAGCAGCAGCAGCAGCGGGCCCAGCAGCCUCAGCAUAUGAUGAUGUACAAUCCUCAAGCCUUUGGUGCCUCGUCGUACGACCCGAGGAAUGCGGGCGCGGUGCCCAUGAUGCAGCAGAAUGGCGGUUUGGCGCAUCUGCCCGGCGGAGCUUUCCGCACGCCGGCCUGUGAAGUCUUCGCGCGUAUCAUCUAUCAGAAGGAUCCUAGCGGCGUCCUGCAAGUCCAGUAUCUUGCUUCUGCCGCGCCAAGCUACACCAUGUCACUCGCUGCCUACUACUUGGCCCAAUACCAGACACCGUACACAACCUCUCCGUACGGGGCCUCCGUCCCUUCCUUAGCCACGAGUCUCCCUCCGAAUUUCUUGCCCUCAACCUCAGCCGCAAACGCGCCCUCGAGAGCCUUCCCCAUGAACGCCCCAAAUCUCAACAUGAAUCCGCAAGCUAUGAAUCAACGAAUUCAACCGCCUACCCCCAACCGCGCUUCUUACGGGAAUCUCCAGCACUCCACCCCUCCUAAUGCUUCGACCGCAAGCUCGCAAUUUGCUACGCCUCAAAAUCAAACGACAAAUCAACAAUUACAACAGCAAAUUCAGUCAACAGCAGGGGCGGGAGUAACGACGCCGCAAACUCCAAAUUUCUCUCAUCCAGGACAGACGGGGCUAGGGGUUGGACAAGUCGCAACGCCGCUAAGUCCUGGGAGUGAAGCGAGGGAAAAAGAGAGAGUUACGCUGUUGUUGGAGAUCAAUCGAGAGUUGUUGAUGACGGUGAUUGAUUGGCAGAAUGCGCAGCAGGCAGAGAAGGAGGAAUCAGCUUCAAUAGCAAACACCACCACUUCCACAGAUCAAGAUAAAGCGGAAAAGGAUAAGGGCGAGAAGAAUAAGCUUAGCACCGGGAGGGAGUAUGUUGAGUGCAUGCGACGCUUACAAUCUAACCUCGCAUAUCUCGCCGCCAUCGCCGACCGCUCCCACAAGCCAUCGAACCAAAUACCCGCUCAUCCAACAAUUAUGACUGCUCCUGUUUUGAACCUGAAACCGAAUCCGUCCCCCGAUGUCGGCAAUGCACCCAAGCCCGAGUCACCCAGUAACUCAGAAACGAAGAAGGUCGAUGGGGAAGAACAGAAACAAAACAAGGAGGAAUCAAAGGGGCUCACAGGACAGAGUAAAGAAGAAAGAAUGGAAACCUUAAAAGACCAGUACAGGCGCUUGCAGGCACUCUUUCCCGGCGUGGACCCUAAAAAGGACCACACCAUCCAGAGGGUCAACGAGGCGUCCAGACAGCAGAUGCAGGCUAAGGCCCAAGCUCAUGCUCAGGCUCAAGCCCAGGCUCAGACCCAGGCUGCUGCUGGCACGCAAGUUGGGCAAGGACAGAUGGGGCAGAAGACGCCACAGACGCCGGGCGUGGCCACAGAACAACAAGAAGGACAAGCGCAGAACCCGUAG